GCUAGUGGUGAAUAUUUACGGAAGUGUAUCACUGGAAUGAGACGCGGCAGUUUCCUUUGGCAGUAUGGUCAUAUACAGUUAGACGGCCACAUGUCAACUAUAAAAACUGAUUUGUUGAAAACUUCCGGGACAUUUCAUGUCCUUGUUGGAGUGACAGGAAGCGUUGCAGCCUUGAAAUUACCGCUUUUGGUCUCCCAACUUCUUGAGCUCUCUGGGGUGGAUGUCAGAGUGGUCACUACAGAGCAUGCCAAGCACUUCUACAAUCCCGCUGAGGUCUCAGUCAAAAUCUACAGUGAUGAGGAUGAGUGGGAGCUGUGGACACAGAGAUCUGACCCUGUGCUACACAUUGAGCUAAGGCGCUGGGCAGACUUGCUUGUCAUUGCCCCUAUGGAUGCCAACACUCUUGGAAAGAUUGCUAAUGGCAUUUGCGAUAAUCUACUGACAUGUGUGGUAAGAGCCUGGGAUACCAGUCGACCUCUCCUCUUCUGCCCUGCUAUGAACACAGCUAUGUGGCUGCAUCCUAUUACAGCCCAGCAGGUAUCCAGGCUGAAAGAGUUUGGAUAUGUGGAAAUCCCCUGCAUUGCCAAGAAGCUAGUAUGUGGAGAUGAAGGUAAGGGUGCCAUGGCAGAAGUAUCAACUAUUGUCGGUGUUGUCAAAGAGCAUCUUCAGAGACCGGAUGAGUCAUCUCUCGAGGCAUGAACAUCAUAUCAUAUUGUACAUUCCAGCAGACACCAAAGACUAAUACAAAUUAAACAAUGCCUUGUCAUCAGAUUUGUCAAACUGCCAUAGUCCAACACACCCAUGAUAAACUCAUUUAGCUGCUUUCACCUGUUUUACCUGAUAACUGCACUUCUUAGAAUGUGUGGGUGUAUUCAGACUAUCACUGACAAUACUCUUUUGGUAUUGUUGAACCUGUGAAGGCAGAGCACCUUUACCAUUCAAAGAAGUGCGUCGACUUUGGCAGGCUUAUGCAAUUCCUUUCAUAGUUUGAUAAAAUUCCAACCUCUGGAGCCUGAUCAGCCCAAAGAUAAAAAAACAAAAAAAUUUGGUAAUGUAAGGUAGUAAUUUUUAGCUGUCCCCAGUAGUACUUGAAGGUAAAUUUGAAACAGUU